AUGGCUGACAUUUCCUCCUACGACGAUAUCCUCGACUCUCUCGGCGAGAAUACUUUCGAGUCAUUUGACGGAGGGAGCCUCUCCCCCACCCUCGAAGACUGGUCCAACCCUACUGACCUUGAAGAGAUCGAGACUUUCGAUCUCGAUCUCUCCGACUCCGACUCAUCAUGGGUUGACCCGUUAGAAUCCGCCAUCACAGCCACCCGCAAUGGAUCCGCUCCAGUCCUCAGCACCCUCUCCCAGUUCACAGCUAUUCUAUCCCAAACCGGAAUCCAUGGCCCUCGUCUUCUGAAAACGAUCAACCUCUCGACUCGGGGUACCAAAAUUGGCUCCGGCGCCCAAUUCACUGUUUUCAAAGACCCUUCUUUUCAAGGAGAGGUCAUUAAACGCGUCAAUGUUCCCCUUUCCAGCAAGGCCGAUCAGCGGUUUGCCGCGACGAUGGAUUACCGUCUUCAGUUGAGAACACUAUGCCUUGAGGUUCUGUCACUUUGCAACCCCACCAUGCGUGCUCACCCAAAUAUCACAACUCUUCUGGCGUGGGGAUUCGACUAUCCAUAUGCGGACAUGGCUGUGCCAGUACUUUUUAUGGAAGAAGCACUGAUGCCAUUGAGUGACUUUCUAGUCGCCGAGAAGAGAGGGGUUGAUAUGAGAUACCAGCUUUCACUCGAUGUCGUGAACGGACUAGAGGCACUGCACAAUCUCGGCAUCGUGCAUGGGGAUGUCAAGCCAGACAAUGUGCUCGUGUUUCCGGGUCCAAAUGACAAGGUUCCAUUCCGGGCCAAGAUGAGUGAUUUCGGGGUGUGUGUUGAUUUGGAAACCCCCGAUGUAAAGUUUGAAUUGAGUGAUUAUCGCGGUACCCCAGCUUGGUUGGCUCCGGAAGUGAUCGCUGAGGAUAUCUCCAAAUUUGGCAAAUUCUCACCCGACAUGAUGUUUAGGUUUGACGCUUAUAGCCUUGCAUUGGUUUUACUGUCUGUCUUCACGGCAGAUGGCCAACCCCUUACUUUCAACAAAAGUUCCGGCGAGAUCUCAGAUAAGCUCUCUGAAUUGCUCAACGAACGCAUUGAUAUACCUUCCGCUAUUCGCAUGGAGCUUCGCAAAGCAGCUUUGAAGCUCUUGGCCGAAGAUCCCAGAAGUCGCCCCUUGCCAAACCAGGCAUUACUUAAAACUGACACACCGGCAUAUGCAUCUUGGCUUUCCUCAAUCCAAUCUGGUACCUCCACAAAUACCCCUACAGGUGUCAUUGAUCCAAUCUACAACAAAGGUCCGCUCUUCUGGUACCGACUAGACGAGAGUAUUCGCUCAGAGCUUGAAACACAACACGCUCUCAGCAAAGACGGAAAUGCGCCUCCAUUUACCGGAGACGUGCUACUUGGGAUAGCCCAGACAAUCACCGGCAAGAAGCCAACGUAUCUUGAUCGCCUGUUGACUUAUCUGAGUGACGCUGCCAAAGCUGGAUCUUCACCUGCUAGGGCUAUAUAUGGACAGAUUACGGACGCUCAUGAACGGGAGUCAGAGUUCGGUCAACAUGUGCUCGACAAGUGGAUGCUGCAAGCUGUUUCCGAGGGAUAUUAUUUUGCAAAACCAGGGCGGUUAGAAAAGGAAAUUGAGAGCGCAAGACAUCAAUUUAGGAUGAAGGGAGGGUUUUGCUCUGAUCCCUUCUUGGGAAAGCCUGACUUGAAAGCAGCAAUCAGUGGACCGAAUGUGCUGAAUUGGAUGGGAGAAAAGGGAAGCGUUGUUGAUCGCAAAGGAAACACGUUACUACACGCCGCCGCUGCUUUCGGAGCUAGCGAUACAGUUCAGGCUAUCUUGGAUACUGGUGAAGUUGAAGUGGAUGCGAAAAACGAGAACGAUGAGACACCGUUAUACAAAGCAUUCCAAGCGGGACAGAAAGAUGUUAUUAAGAUCCUUCUCGAUCAUGGAGCUGAUGCAUCUUGCAGAAAUCGACAGAAGAAUUCUCCAUUACAUUGGCUCUUUACCAUUCCAGAUGAUGCGAUUCACGAUAUCACAAAGCGAAUGGUCGCAGGGGGCGCAGACAUUGACGCAAAGAUGGAGCCUGUAGUCAAGGAGAAUAGUGGCGGAUAUCCAGAGAAGAUCCAGAUUCUUCAUUACCCAUUUGAGCUACCCCACGGAACACCCCUUCACUGGGCCUGCUUUUUUCGAAACAGAACAGCAAUAGACACUCUGAUUGCCUUUCAGGCAAAUAUCAACGCAAUUUACCACCACUUGGACUCAUCGACCACCCCACUUGCGUUGUCUGCAUACUUUGGCGAACCUGAAAUAGCAGCCCAGUUGCUAUCUCGGGGUGCAGAUGGAACGCUGCGCGACUUGACGGGCAGAAAUACGUUGCACCAAAUCACGAAAUACUUCCCCGAUCGACAUGGCUAUCUCCCUCAUCAAUGGCAUUAUUGGAUCCGCCAUGGAAACUGGAAUAAUCAUUUUGAGAAGCUCACCGAGCUAGUCAAGAUCUUAGUUGAGGGUGGUGCAGAUCUAAAUGCCAAAGAAAACGGGCGUUUUCCCCUGACACCAAUUGCUGCUGCUGCUGAGCUUGGAGUCUGGGAUGGAGGAAUGAUAGGGGCACUGUUAGAAGCGGGGGCUGAUUUGAAUGAAUCAAUUCUUGCGGGUGGAGAUACAGUCUUGCAUUGUUGGGCCGCCGUCACAGGACCCCGACUGGAUUACCCCGACUCGUACAUCCCAACCCUCGAAAGAAUAGUCCGUGCCAUGCCGAAUAUUGAUAUUCCCACUCGAUAUGAAGAAGAUACGCCCCUGCACACACUGACAACAACGUAUCACACGGAGGACGAGUUCGAGGCCGCAUUUGGCAUCUUACUCAGUCAUUCUCCUCCAGCGGACAUCGACAGAGUGACAAACCGUGGGGCAACUCCAUUGUCAAUAGCCUUGGAGACUCAACUUGAUCCCGAGAGACGGGGCCGCUUUCUGCUUGAUAAAGGUGCCGAUCCAACCAUCAUAAAUAACCGAGGUAGAGACAUUCUUUAUUCAAUUGCCAACAACGUCGUGCUCAGCGACAAAGUCAGCCACGAUCUCAUUCAACAUUUCCUGCAUACCCUUGGCUCCAACAUGCAACAAGUCUUUGAAGAGCGCUAUCUUAGUAACAAGAAGAACAGCCGCGAGUCUAUCAUUGCUGCCGCGGGUCGCGGAAAGCCCCGGACUUUAGCGCUCCUACUCUCACUGGGACUCAAAAGCAGCAUCAAUAUCCUGGACACAUCCAAAUCGCCACCACGGACUCCAUUGGACCAAGCCCUCAAUUUCGCCGAACUGAGUCGGCGUGAUCAUAUCCAAGCGCUAGCAUCGUACAAAAUCGGCAAAUCACGUACUAAUGCACUUGAUCAAAAUCUUGUGUGUUUUCCGGAGGUCAUCCAAAUUUUACGAGAUGCCGGCGCCUUGCGGAGAUGUGAACUGGAAGGGAGCUCGGACGGUGAUUACAUUGAGCAACCGGCUGAGUGGGACAAGAGUGAGAUCCAAAAGUACGGUUUUACGAAGGAAACUCAACCGAAUGCUGAGGCUUGGCGAGGGCUGGCCCACUUGUGGGCAGUGGCGCUUGGGGGCCAGAGUCUCUUCACCACGAAAGAUCUCCAAUCCUUCGAGCUUAUCUACUGGCUCAUCAAGUCGCCCUUUGAUUCCUUCCCAGGGGACAACCAGCAGCACGGCUCACGAGUCAAGCUCCAACCCAAGCUCCAAUCCAAGCUCCAAUCCAAGCUCCAAUCCAAGCUCCAAUCCAAGCUCCAAUCCAAGCUCCAAUCCAAGCUCCAAUCCAAGCUCCAAUCCAAGCUCCAAUCCAAGCUCCAAUCCAAGCUCCAAUCCAAGCUCCAAUCCAAGCUCCAAUCCAAGCUCCAAUCCAAGCUCCAAUCCAAGCUCCAAUCCAAGCUCCAAUCCAAGCUCCAAUCCAAGCUCCAAUCCAAGCUCCAAUCCAAGCUCCAAUCCAAGCUCCAAUCCAAGCUCCAACCCAAGCUCCAACCCAAGCUCCAACCCAAGCUCCAACCCAAGCUCCAACCCAAGCUCCAACCCAAGCUCCAACCCAAGCUCCAACCCAAGCUCCAAUCCAAGCUCCAAUCCAAGCUCCAACCCAAGCUCCAACCCAAGCUCCAACCCAAGCUCCAACCCAAGCUCCAACCCAAGCUCCAACCCAAGCUCCAACCCAAGCUCGCUACCUGGAGGCUUACCUUCGACAUCUGGCCAUCCAAAGCCUUCAAGCAGCAAGCUACCUCAAGUGUCAGUUCUCUGCGGAAUGAGGUCUCCGUGACACUCAUUCCAAUUCUCUCAAAAUUGAUAGACACCCCGGACAAGAACAAGGCACAAGAUGCCAUUGACAAACUGAAGAAGGUGGAGCCAGAGGCUAGGAAUCUUCUAAACAAGAUUGAUCCGAGCUCAGAGGGAUCGACAGGCUCAUGCAGUGGCGGUGGAAACCUUCUCUCAGACUUGAUUAAUGCUGUUACUUGUAUCGAUGAUGGACUUAACAAAGUGAAGUCUGAGAUCGAAGGAGGUAUCGAUGACGACUUUUCUGACAUCGAAGGUCUGGAGAGCACCGUUUCUAGCAUCACAGACCUCACCGAGGAACCGAAUGACGAGGAGCAGUCAUCUUCGGAUGAUUCUACUACUUCAACCUCAUGCUCUUCUACCACCACCGAAGAUAUCUAUGUGGAAUGCUCUGCUACUUCAGCCCCUGGUCGUAAGAGACAAGCAGCAGCAUCGUGCUCCACAUCGACAAAGACAGUGACUGGUUGUGAUAUCUCUGCCUCCACAACAACUACAACAAUUUCUUGCUCGCAAACUGAAACCAUUACAAAUUGUGAUGUUGUGUGCCCAACCACGGCUAUUCCAAAAUCCCAACUAGCCGGCCGCGCUCCCGUAACGGCGAGCUGCAGCACCACCUGUUCAACCGAAACAGCGUGCAGCACCACUGGAUCUACAUCGACUAGCUGGAGUACAACCACAACAACACCAAGCUCCAGUGUUGGUGGUCAGUGUGGAACAGGAUGCUCGUCUUGUAUGUCUCUUUCUACCCCGACUGCUAGUUCAGCGGCAAAGAGGGGCCUGGACCUCACCAAGCGCACUCUCACAUCCCCACAAGAUGCCCCUUAUAAUGGCGACACGGGCGCAUUCUUGGUCGACCAGUAUGUUUGGGCUGAAUGGGUGCCGCUUGGAACUGGUGGAAGGUCAAACCCCACAGCUCUUUACCAUGAGCUCAAGAAAGAAAAGUAUGACAUGGCUGUUCAAGGAUUAUAUGGUUGCACCUCGGUGGUCGUCGUAUCUGAGAAGGCCGUUUACAUGUCUCAUUUCUGGGAGGUUCCUGGAUUUAGCCAGGGCAACUGGGGAAUUGGAACACAGGAGAGAUUUGAACAAGAAGUCCUCGGCCCUCUUGAAAAUGGUGAUGGAGGAUCUGGAAUUGCCGGUUUGCGACAGUACGCAGGAUCUAACGGAGCAUUCGCUAGACAAUACAGACCUGCAGCAUAUGUCGUCAGACCUGGUAGCUCAGGCCGAGCAGACUAUGACAAGGCAUAUGAUAAAAAGGUGGACCAAAUUGUGGAAAAAGUGAACAAUAUUCUGGGAGUCUCGACGCCUCCAAUUCCUAUCACUUACAGUCGCGCGGGAGGCGGAGGGGCCGACAAUACUUUCACACCCCUAGGAAAGGUACUUUUCCAGUAUGACCCUGUCCAGGCUCGCGAAACCACUGAUAGUUGCCCUAUUCAAAAAGCUAUGAUGCGAGUUUGGGUGGAAGAUAAGCCUCGCUACGUCCAUCAGAGAUACUGGAUUGCGUACGAUGACCAAAAGGUGCCGCAGUCGGGUAAUCAAAAACGCGAUUGCCCGGCAGAUGCAACUGCAGGUGGCCAGGUUCCACCAUCAUCAGCACUUGAAUCAGGCUCAACCUCUUCAGGCACUUCGGGCACUUCUUCCUCCAGUGGUAUCCCUACCUCCAAAACGUUGACUUCGAUACCAAGCGCUUCCCAUAUCUCGACGCAGGCUAGUUCAACUCCAUCUUCGACUCCAACGCCCACUCCGACACCCUCGCCAAGUCCAGAGACAACUACAACUGCGGAGCAAACAACAACAGCCGAUGAGACCACCACAACAGAAGAAGCCACCACUACAACAGCAGAAGCCACCACUACAACAGCAGAAGCCACCACUACGACGGAAGCCCCCACGACAACGACAGAGGCCCCGACUACUACAACGGAGGAUCCUAUACCCACGACUACAGAAGCACCAAUUCCAACUGCUCAACUAGUUGUCGCUUAUGUUGUCAAUGGCUGGUCAAACAGCUGGAGUGUAUAUACGCCCGACAUCGAUGACGAUAGUCCUGACUGGUGUGGUGGGAGUACUGGUAGUUGGGAUGCCAGUGGAGACAUAUCUUUGAAGAACGUCCCUUAUCCCAACGGUGACAAUGAUUUUGACUUUGAUGUGGACGACAUGAGUGAUUGCUCUUACUCUUCUGACUCAGAUGAAGCAGCUGGGACUCUGAGCUGCCCUGACUUUUCGGAGGAUGUCCAAUGUACAGAAUAUGGUGAUCAAAGCCAAUCGACCUGCUACGGCGUGGCAUCUGCUAUGAUGACUGUUCCCAAGGUGCUAUGCCAGUGGGGUUAG